AUGGUGGAGGCCAAGGACGACAGCAGCCACAAGCUUAUACUGACGAAGACCGGGCUACUCCGGGUCUCUCAGGCUUGUGACCGGUGUCGAAUGAAGAAGAUCAAGUGUGACGGUGCUACGCCAUGUAACAAAUGUUCUGCCAUUGGUUUCGAGUGUACGACAUCUGACAAGCUUUCACGACGGGCUUUCCCGAAGGGUUACACGGUGAACUUGGAGAAUCGAGUUAAGGAGCUCGAGGACGAGGUUAACGCCUUGAGACUGAAAAUGAAACUGGGUUCACCGGAACUGACCCUCCAACCUCCAGCACAACCUCCACAACCACAACCACAGCAACAUCAGCAGGUUGCUCAGCAGCCUGUAAAGGACGAGACCAAGGACAACCUGUAUUCCGUCGCCACGCUUAAACAAAACAACAACACCAUCCAGAUCAACAACCCCAUCGACCAAAUCUUCAACUUGGGCAAGAAGGGUAUCAUCAUUGGUAAUGACAAUUUGAAUUUCGAAUCCCAAUUCAACCAUCUCCUCAUCAACUUGGGAUUGCCGUUCUUGAAGAUCACGAACUCGCACAACUAUCUCCUCAACGAUCCCGACUCCUACUUGUACCAUCCGUCCUACUCCAACUACAAUGAAUUCCACAAUAAGGAUUUGGAUCUCAAUUACAAUCCGCUCACGCUGGCGAAUGACAACACCCUCAACUCCCAGCUACCCAAAGAUGUGUACGAUCUAUUCAUCAAGCUCAUCAACAACUUCAAAAAGAUCUUCAAUUCCAAAAAGGAGUUGGAUCACCAAAUCGUUCAAUACUUCUUGAACUACAACACAUUCAUCCCCAUCUUUGACUACAAGAAGUUCAUGGAGACCUACGAUGCAUUCCAUACCAUGUACCCAUUCAUGUUCACAUACGACGAUGCGACAAUCAAUGGCUUCAAUCUCCUGACUUACGACUAUCAUGUUGUGAACGAGUACUUGAUUCUUGUCAUCCAGAUCUACGCCAUGAUCUUCAUGAACAACCCAUCUUUGAACCUCAAUCUCCUACUCAAUCAUUCACACCCCAACUAUUCAUACCGUUUCCGCAAGGACAAUGACAAUAAGUCGAUAAUUCGUUCGCUUUACGAUUUUCUCCCGUACCUCAAUGUCUUUUGCGUUUCGGUGGAGCAGUUGCAAGUUUACUUGUUAUUCUUCUACUACUCACUUUUGACCAAUAACAAGGAAAAGUCGCUUGUGCUGUCUUGUCUUAUCAAUUCUUUCAUCGGCAUCCUCGGUAUCAACUUGAACUCGAGAAACUUGUUUUUCAAUGACUUGAGUUUGAACUUACAUGAGCGCAGAACCAGAGUGAAAAUCUUUUGGGGCUUCAAAGUGUUGCUCAAGUGUUUUAACUUGAAGUUUGGCUUCAAGCCAUCCAUAAAUACUACGGUCAUCAAUCCAGUGACGAUCGAGAGAUACUUCAAAUUGACUCCUGAGAAACUCAGUACAUUGCUUGAACCGCAACCCGGAGAGGAGGUUGAUCCGCUCUUCGAGACUUUGCUCAAGCCCAGCGUGGAAUUUUUGAACCUUAUGAACAUCAUCAUUCCCUCUUCGUUCUCGCCCAACUACUACCAAUAUUUGAAGCAGGACAGGCAGGUGAAUGAAAACGCCCCUAACCAGAAGAAACACCACUCAAACAACUUGGACUGGAUUCUUAACGAUGAUGAUGGUGACGGAAACGAUGGUAACUUGAACUACAAUUUCACACAAUUUUUGAUGAUUGACAAGAACCUUUCCAACUGGAGAUAUGCCCUCGAGGAAAAGAGACUUGACCUCAUGCCUCUUCAUUUACAAAUGGGUCUUCCGGUUCUCUCAAGCAUCGGUGAGGAUACUCUUUACCACAGGGUGACAUUUGACGGUGACAAUACCAAAAAGCUCGGCUUAUCUGAAGAAGGCGUUAUGAACUUCUUGAACGUCGGCCUUCCAGAUAUCAACACCGCCCUGCAACUCAUCAAAAUGCAGCUAAAUUUCCACUACCUUUUGAUCAGAUCGCUGAACUACCUUAAUUUCGUCAUUGACCGAGAACUCACUCAAGGCUAUUAUGUGAAGAUCGCCAACAUUUCCCGUGAGGUUCUCGCAUACUUUAUCCUCAUCUUCGAGCAUAUUGGGGAAUCGACUGAACAAAACGAAUCUGGUUUUGGCGCAGGCGCAAACGAUUCUGCUGUAUAUAACUCGUUUUUCAGUGACCCCAAGCGAAUGGCCUCGGGUCUGAUGUCUCCAAACUUGGGCAUCGAUGUUGAUGAGGAUGGAUUCGUGAUCAAUGAUUUUUCAGUGAAGCGGAGAAAGCUGUCAUUGGCACUGGGAAUGAACGGUAGGGUCAAGCGGAAGGAGAUUCAGGCCUCACCUUACAAUUCCAUGCUUAACGGACUUUCCCUCACAAUCAUAAAUUUCAAAAAGUCGAUCGUUCUCCAGAUGCUUUAUCUUCUUAUUUGCACACUCAAGAUUGCAAAGAAAGGCGGUGUGAUGAGUGCUGAUACAAUUCGUGUUUUGAACAGAAGCAUUUCGCUUUUCAUCAAAAUCUUCAUCAAUUACCAGCCCAAUGCUAACAAGUACAUGAAGACCAAGUCGGUGAAGGAAGAUGAUCUCUUCAAGCGCAUUAUCAACGACGAGCUUCGUGAUGAAAUUUUAAAGGACAAGCGUCUGGCUGAGGAAUCUGAUGAUGAGGACUUUGGAGAACAUGACAUCGACUGGGACGAUGAGGAUAUGGACGAGGAUCUCAAGUACUUGAAGGUUCUCAAGUACAUCAAGUACAAGACCAACCUUCUUUUUGAGAAGUCACAACAACAAAGACGCAGAAAACAGGAAAUGGAGAAAGAACGGACCCAACAAAACCCACAACCUAUGCAUUCAAUGUCACAGCCCAUGGAGCAGCAGCAUUCCAAUCUCCAGCCCGGAUCCACCCCGGUCCAUGACCAAUCCAAGGCUGCAGUGCAGCUUCCACCUAUUAUGCCAAUUAACAUGGGCAUGUACCCAAACCCACAAGGUGGCCAAUACUCAGGUCCGCUUUCACCCACCAUUUAUGGCAGACAAGGCAGCAUCUCCAAAAGUAACGGGCUCAACAACAACCUCUACCUAGGUGAAGGUAUGAAGGAGAAUGAAAUCAAAAACGAGGAUGUGGCCAAUGACUUGAUGAACUUGCGCCAUGGCCGUGGAUUCGGCGAGCAUGCACCACAUUGA